CCCUUUUCCUUGAUUCGCUACGCUUUCUACCAUUUGCUUGUUCUUUCAUUCGCCAACGUCUGGUUGCCUCCAACGACACAACUCAAGUUCAUUGAAUUGAUGGGAAUAAAUUAAACCACCAAAAUGUCUAAAACUACGGAGCAAAAAUGUAUGGAAAUCUUGAAAUCAACGGAAGAGGUGGCCGAUAAAGUUUUGGUCAACAAACAAGAAUUGGUUGCCCUAGACAAACGCCGUCAACAAAAUCGUGAAGCCAUACGAGAGCUGGAGAAAAAUACUGACAACUCGGAAAAGAAAGUGUGGACCACAAUUGGCAGCAUGUUGGUUAAGAUGGACAGAGCAAAGGCUUUGGAAUUGUUGAAAAAAGAUCAACAACAAAUCGAGCGAGAAAUACAAAUUCUACAAUCGGAUCAAAAGAUAUUGGUAAACAAACAUCGUGAUUUGGAACAUUUCAAUCCGUAUACUGGCACCCAUCUGAAACCGUUGGACCCCAAAGAGUUUAGUGCGCUCAAAGCAAAUUUGCCAAUGCUGUAGAAAAUAGGUGAAAUAGAAUUAAUUCAAAUUUAAUAAAAAAA